AUUUUGGGCCGAUACGCGGAAAUCGCGGAAGUAUCGACUGAGUUUCCGGUCAUAUUCGCAGUACAAGAGCAGAUUGAGAUGAUGCUUUUGACAGUUGUGUAUGUGUCGUACAAAAACCACCUGUCUUGUGACGAAGUAAGGCUGUCUUAUAGGACCUUGUCGGCUGUGCCAUAGCAUUGCUAAGAACCGGCGAAAGUUUUCGAAAACCAUAUGACGAAAAGUGACCGUGCCUUUCAAGGAUCGGAGGGCCCAUUUCGACUCAAACAUUAAGGCUCAGGUGUCAUACGACACGGUUCACCGCAGCAAGUCAAAACAGGUUACCGUGUAGAAUAACAAAGGCGGCACAAGCAUGUGUUUUCGACCACAGGUAGAUGAACUAGUUGUACUGCCCAGUGCAUGCCGUAUGCGCAUUUCCGGAUCAGGCAAUGUGACAUUAGAUCACCCCAGAUUAGUGACAAGUUUUCACAUGACCGAUUGAGAGAGGCUUCACAAACACUUGUACAUACGGAACUGUCAGUUCUCUGUCGCAGUUUCUGUGCAACGUACAAAACAGUUCGAGACCGUUUCGUGCAGUGACGUGACACGAGCGCCGCCAUGUGGAGAAAACAGGUCAUGACAGAACAGAUCUUCCGGGAGGACAAGGAGAGAGAGAAAUACCGGGACGUGCGGGAGGGAUCAGAACAUGGGAAACUGCCCUUUAACAGGAGCAAGGUACUGUUUGUAGGAGACACGUGGCAGGGGAAGACCAGUCUGAAGAGACGACUGACAGGACAGGAGUUCAACCCGCACGAGGGCCGGACGGAGGGCAUACAAACCAAGAUGGUGGAGACACAAGACGUGGACCAGACCUGGACAAGUUACCGGCAAACAGAGUCCGACUUCAGCCGGAGUCUGACUUGGUACGUCAAGCAGAGAAGUAAAGAACGUCCGAGAACAGGCGCUACGAAAGAUCUGAGUAGUCUGGUUAAAUCUGCCUUGUUUUACUUCCUACUGUCAUUUCUGACUGUGGCGACGCUGGAGUUUGGAUCAGAAGUUGGCUACGCGGUUGCGUCGCUGAUUUUGACCUGCACUAUCGCCAUGAUGCAGCUCAGCUCUGAUUUCUACCACGCCACGAGGAUAGCCUCCGCUAUCGCUGUGAACAGUGUCUUCAUAGGAGUCAUGAAAAACGGGGUAGAAGGCCUGUAUCGGUCGAUUGGCCCUGUUCUGUCGGUGGGGCCGUUCUCUCUGCAGGGCCUUGUCUUCUGCGUCGCGGUUACGUUCGUUUUCUGCAACACGGAAGGCUUUGUGGUGUUCCCCUUCACGUUCAGGAUCAUGCACGUCAUGCUGUGUCUCGUCGUGCCGUGUCCGGAGUUCGGAGCUGUCGGGCUACUUCACUUCAGGACGGCGACGACUUCAACCGGUCAUGUUCUUCAAGAUGCAUUUCUAUACGAACCGCUAGGGAGCGUGAUUGGCCUGACCAUGUUUCAGUUCAGGCACAUUCUCAUCACGUCCAAGCGCGGGACUUUCUUAAGCUACUUGUUAUUCAGCCUAGCCACUAUCGUUCUACCGGUCAUGAUCACAGACGAAAGACUAGAGGCCUGUAUGUUGAUGUUUUUAGUAGGCCUACAUCUCGGCAUCGGGAUCUCUUGCACAAUCAAGGCGCAGAAAUGGCUUUCGUCGAAAAUGACGGCUCAAUACUUCUGGGUCGUUCAACUCGUAUCAUUCCCAGUACAAGUGGCAACGACGCUCAUCAUUGCAAACCUCUUUGGGUGGAGUUUUUACACUUUAAAAGACUGUCCCCUCUCUGUACUGGUGGCGGUAGCGUUCUUUGUCUCUACAGAUUUGUACGACAAGAAGAGUGUUUUCUUCAACUCUGAGUAUGUCGUUGUUCAUGACAAGUUAGCGGAGGAGAAGACUUUGGUAGAACAGGUGCCAGUCAAGCUGACGCUGAUGGACUUUGCUGGUGACGAGGACUUCUACAGCAUGCACCAUUUCUUCAUGGCGCGAGAGGCUGUUUACAUCGUGGUUUUCAGCCUAGAGGAAGCCUUCAGAAGAAGAAGACGCGAAGAAGGAGAAGAAGACGAAGAAGAAGCCACGAGAAGUCUCCAGAACACGUUCAGGAGGCUGUUGUUCUGGUUAGACUCCAUUGACGCACAUUCCAGUGACACGGAGUCUCUCGUGUUCGUGGUGGGGACACACAGAGAUAGCGUCUCCUCAGCCCAGCAGCAGGAAGUGGCGACCUUCCUGAGGACACACCUGUACACGGGAACCAAGUACAGCGCACGGCUCGUGGUCAACAGUACAGACACGCCGUACUUUCCUGUAGAGAACUCCGCACCGCUACAGGACCAGGACUUCGCGCGUCUGCGGAGGGUGGUGUGGGAGAAGAUGCGACAGGUCGCCUACAUGAAGAGGGAAUGUCCAAUCAAAUGGCAGCGAUUCUCUGACGUCAUCAACACCCUGCGGACCAAUGGGGACCCCCAUGUGGUACCCUACCUCGACCUGUUGGACAAAGUCCGGCAGGAAGGCAUUCUGGACGACGAAGACGACUUCAGACGGAUGUUAUCGUUCUUAAACAGAUCUGGACAAGUUAUCUAUCGCCAGGAAGACGCGGUGUUGAGUCAGUACGUUGUUGUUGACCCACAGGUCAUGGUAGACGCCAUGAAAAGCAUCACAACUCUCCCCAGACGCUGCGCGGAGCUGCCGACGUACCGAGAAAGACACGCGCUCCUGCAAGCUAAGGGCAUUCUGGACGGAGACUAUCUCAGAGAAGUUCUGAACGAAGUAAAACCCGACCACGCCGACGUCUUGACGACUCUCUUAGUGUCGCACGCCUUCCUGUGCCCCUUACCCCAACACCCCGCCGACAAGAUCGCACAACAGAAGCAGAUGUACAUCGUCCCACCAAUGUUGCCUCGGUACGAAGCUGACCAACCAGGAGGCUUCUUAGAAAAACACCACGAUGAUGACAACGUUGAAUACUACAUCGACUUUGAUUCGUUCGAGCCCAGCCCGGUGUUCUACCGGUUGGUCGCCAAGCUUGUUUGUGAGACGGACUUUAGGAUCCGCGCUCGAGGCGCGCCGUUCGUGUUCAGGGACAGGGCGUGCUUCCAGCUCCACCGCCGCUUCUACUUCACCCUGGAGCUGGUCCGACCCACCACCGACCAGCACCUCAUCCAGAUCACCGUCAAGAAGACCACCUCCACCGCCGCCGACGGGCAACUCAUCGGCGAACUGCACGGCAAACUGGAGACGAUCAGGCGGAGGGAUUUCCCGUGUCUGAUGUACACCAUCGGCCCGAGAUGUCCCCACCCUCCUCCACACCUAGGCUGCAGUACCGAGCCCGGCCGCAUGCAUGUAGUGGAGGUAGUGGAGUCGGGAGAAGAGUUUCCCGACACUUCCCAACCGCUGAAGCUGCUGUGUCGGGACCGAGAGGUCGUGGUCGACAUGAGUCGACCGAGGUCCAGACCUUCCCUCCAACAGCCAGUAGAGCAGGAAGAACCCUCCUAUUCUCUCCAAGUGCCGAUACCAGAGAGGAGCUUCCAGCUAACCGCAGCUGCGUGUGUCGGCAGGCGCGUACAAUCGUCGGCAUCCACGAUUGUCGUCCAGGAACCAGCGCUGCCUAGCGGUUUACUACCGCAGCCCGACGAGCACGGCCUGUACGACGUCACACGAUGGCUCCAAGUUGCACACGACCCCACUUCUGCACUGGACAAUGGCGAGUGUUACCCGAUGUGGAAGAAGCCCAGAGGAGACGCUCUCAUCAUCAACAACAGGGACUUUGUUACCAUGGCGACGCGACACGGGACUGACGUGGACGCUGAGAACCUGGAGCGGCUGUUCGAGGCGCUGUACUUCACCACGGAGAGAUGGAACAACCUCCGGGCGCCGGUGAUGAACCUGGUUCUGGAGGAUUUUGCCCAGAGAAGCCACACCCAGUCCCAGUGUUGUCUGGUCGCCAUCCUGAGUCACGGCGGAGAGGACGGUGUGUACAGUACGGACGAGCGCCUCCUCUCGCACGCCGACAUCCUCCGCAAGUUCGACCGGAACAACUGCCCAGAACUCGGCUCCAAACCUAAAGUCUUCUUCAUGCAGGCAUGUAGAGGCACUGAUAAAGACCCCGGAUCUCUCGCCACUGAUUCCGGAGACACUUUCCGGAAAGAUGAGACCGCCAUUCCGGAUACGAACCGGACCUUCGCCGCUCGGGUGCCGAACCUUACCGACGUGUACCUGGCCUACUCCACCACUCCGGGGCACGUCUCUUGGCGGGACUGUGCGGGCGGCUCGUGGUUUAUCCAGGUGCUGGUGUCUGUAUUCCUGCAGUACGCCGCUACAAAGGACAUCAACCAGCUCAUGACAAAGGUGAACUAUGAGGUUUCGCGGAGGUUCGAGUCGGACAAACAUCACAAACAGAUGCCUGCGCCCGUCAACAUGCUCACCAAGGACCUGUACUUCUUCCCGGGCUGGCACCAUUGAGUCGUUAGGAAGUUAAUCUCCAAGCAGAUCUUUCGGUGGGGCAAGACAAUUGGCCAGUCUGUAACAAUUUUCCCUUGCGAGUGCCGCCAGAUCUUCGGUGGGAAAUUGUUACAGACUGGCCAAUUGGAUAAUGCCUCACCGAAAGAUCUGCUUGGAGAUUAUUAG